AUGUCGUUCAGAUUCGCCGACGUGAUCUCCAAAAUCGCCAUCCCUGCAGGUUUGGGCUUCACCCUCCUCCAGUCGGCCAUGUACGAUGUCGAAGGAGGAAAAAGAGCAGUCAUUUUCGACCGUUUGAAUGGAGUUCAAGCAGCAGUCAUUGGUGAAGGUACUCAUUUUGUUAUUCCAUGGUUGCAGAAACCAAUCAUUUAUGAUGUCAGAACAAAGCCAAAGACCAUUGCCACUACCACAGGAUCCAAGGACUUGCAGAAUGUCUCGUUGACCUUGAGAGUGUUGCACCGUCCAGAAGUGUUGAGUUUGCCCAAGAUUUACCAGACUUUGGGCUUGGAUUACGACGAGAGAGUGUUGCCUGCCAUUGGAAAUGAAAUUUUGAAGAGUAUUGUGGCACAGUUUGAUGCCGCCGAACUCAUUACUCAGAGAGAAGUUGUAAGUGCUAGAAUCAGACAGGAGCUUUCGAGAAGAGCAGCUGAAUUCAACAUCCGUUUGGAGGACGUUCUGAUCACCCACAUGACCUUCGGAAAGGAAUUUACUAAGGCUGUGGAACAGAAGCAGAUUGCUCAGCAAGAUGCAGAGAGAGCAAAGUACUUGGUGGACAGAGCCGAGCAGGAAAGAAAGGCUGCCGUUAUCCGUGCCGAGGGUGAGGCCGAGGCUGCUGACACGGUCUCUAAGGCUUUGGCCAAGGCCGGAGACGGAUUGUUGAUGAUCAGAAGAUUGGAGGCUUCGAAGGACAUUGCGCAGACUUUGGCUGCUUCUCCUAGCGUGAGCUACUUGCCAAGUGGAAAGGCAGGUGAGGAGUCGAAGAACUCGUUGUUGUUGAAUGUUGGACGUUAG